AAGGGUCAUAGCCUUUUAUUUGUAUGUAAUAAAAAGUUGGAUUCGUUUGUUGCAAUCAAUAAUAUCACACAGCGCGAAAUUGUAAUUUUCCGGCACGUCCGUGCAAUGCUAGUGAUUCUUCUUUGCCUGUCGUUUUCCAAUGUAGUACAUUCGUCUUACCACAUCAGAGAUAACUCACUCGUUCCUCCAUAUUCAAGCCCUCACUGGGUACCUUAUGGAUCAACGAUUAUUGAACCUCAGUUCGUACGCCUAACUUCCGAUGUAAAAAGUAAUCAAGGAGGUAUUUUCAAUAUAAAACCUUUAUUCGCUCGUGAUUGGGAGGUGGUUAUUUUGUUCCAUGUUCAUAGUCCCAAAACUCUGGUCGGUGAUGGAUUUGCUUUCUGGUAUACUCAACAUCCUCCUUCAAGUGGGCCAGCAUUCGGCAGUCGAGAUAAGUUCCGUGGGUUGGCCGUUUUCUUUGAUACUUACGCUAAUCAAAAUGGUGAGCAUAGUCAUGAGCAUCCUUAUGUCAGUGCAAUGAUUAACGAUGGAUCUAAACACUAUGACCAUGAUAAGGAUGGAACUUUAACUGAAUUAGCUGGUUGUUCAUCUAAUUUUCGUAAUAAUGACUACUCAAUGGCCACAAUUCGUUACGCUAAUAACCAGUUGAAGGUUUCUUUGAAAUAUCAAGGUGCUACAGAUCCUGUAGACUGUUUCACAGUUGACGGAGUACGUUUACCUACUGGCUAUUUUAUUGGAAUCUCAGCCGCUACUGGUGACCUUUCAGAUAAUCACGACAUAUACUCUAUUCAUACUUAUGAACUGGAUGUUGGUCGAAAAGACGAUCCGUUCGCUGACUUUUCUAAAAUUGAACCAUCAGCUGAUCAGGAGGCUGCACCAAGAGGUGUGUCAAUAUCAAUUUCUGAAUAUCAUUUUCGUUGCCAACGCUUUUUUAUAUUAUUAUUGUAGGGCUAUAAACGCAGAAACCGAAUUUUCAUCAGUUAUUAACUUUCGUUAUUAUUUUCCUUCUGUAUUCGGAACUCGGAAUAGGUAUUUGAUCUCAGCUCCAAUAAAAUACUCUAAUCUUAUAAGAAUUUACUUCAGACGAUUACAAUAGCAAGUAAUGGGUUGAUAUUUUGAUCUAAAUCUUUACUAUCCAGUAAUACUUUUCACCUUAAGAACACCGAAACGCAAAACAACGUGAGAAUUAAACUCAAGUAUCAAAUGGCCUACUUCUAAAAGUGGAUUUAAAUAUAUUCUUUAACCUACAUAGUUUGAAAAAAAAUGAAAACUUGAAAAUUUCUUGGUUUGCUUAGUUGGUUUUCAAGAAGCUACUAUCUGUUUUCUCUUGUCUCUGUCUGUUAUGAUAUCUCAUCUCACAACAACAUAAAUUUAAAAGUUAAUACUUCUAGACUUUUCGGAAUUCUGACAGUGUAGUAAAUAGCAUGCAGAAAAUCUUUUGUAGUGAUUAUUUAUCCCCAGCAAUCGAUGUAAUGUGCAAAUUGCAGAGAUUUCCAAUCACAACCUGAAAUUGCUCAGAUUUAUGUAGAAUGAUUUUUAAAAUGCAUACACGGUGGGAUACUUUAUUGUAAUUUAUAUUGAUCAUGUACUAUGUAAAGAAUACUAAGCAAAUGUUGUCCUUGAGAUUGACCAGACACAGCUUUAUGCUGCAUCGUUUAGUUUCUCUGACUACAUUAUUAAUAUUAAGUUUCGUCACCAGUACAUACGAAACAUUUUUAUGUUAGUUCAAACCAAUGAAGUCAAGGGUAUCUGAUUGACUCCAAAUUAAUGCACAACUUUGAAAUAUCUAACACAAUUCUAUGGUUUUAAUUUUCCUGUUUAGUGAAGUUUUCGCCAAACAUUUUUUCUUACACCACUAGUGUCUUCGAAGCAUUGCUCGUAUAUCUCGGGACCACCGAGUAAGGCAGUUGUUAGGAAACAGGUAAUAGGUAAGGAUGCCAAAUCGAUUGAUGAAGUAGUGGAACUUCAUCAGUUGAGAUGGUUGGGACAUGUGUUACAUAUGCCCAACCACCAACUGGCCCGACGAACGAUGCUUCAUGGUGUAGGAGUAGGUUGGGAAAAAGCUAGGGGCGGCCAGACCAAAACGUGGCACAAAUCCAUGAAGUCACUGACAAGUGGACCGAGCAUGUUGAUAGGUGUAGACCUCGUGGUUGAGAUCCGCGAGACGAUAGCAACCGAUGGUUAGAGACCUUGAAUGACAUGGCUCAAAAUCGUUUGCAAUGGCACAGGUGCAUCCACUCGUUGCGUUCACCCAAAUUCUAAUCUUCUGAAUUCUUCAUGUCCUUUUUUUAUUUCUCCAAGUUUAUUUCACGGGAUUAUACUCCUUGAAUAACAUCUUCAAACUCUAAUCUCUCUGACUAAUGCUUGUACUCAUAUUACCUCUACCAUUAGGGGAUCUGAAUCGACAAUUGUAUCUGUGUGUUGAUAUGGUAUGGCAACUCGAACUGAUGUACGUACGUACGAAGUUCUACGUUGUCACUGACUAACUGACUUUAUUUUAGUAAAUAGUCUUUAACUGACAAUAUCUUAAUGAACAUGUUUUUAUACACAAUACGGCAUUCACCUAUUGAAUAAUGUAUGCAAAAGUUAAUGUAAUUUUUUGCUAGUAUUUGUGUUUUUAAAUUAGUUGAUUUGAAGUGAAUUGUGUAAAUAAUGUUGCUUUUAUUAUAAAUUGAUAAUAAUUUGAAAAGUGUUGCACUUUCAGAGCAGUGAUAUUUAUUUUAUCCUCAUUUUGAGACGCAUUAGUUACUACCCUCCCUUGUUCUUAUGAGAUCCAGCACACGGCCUUCAGGUUUGUUAGUUAUUUCAAGGUUUCACUAAGAUAAACAUUAAACCAAAGGGCGCGCCAAUGAUAGUGGAUAUAUCAAACCAAAAUGUUGUCUAUCAAACGUGCAAGCUUUUAGAAACGGAAAUAUCAGCAAAUACUUAAGGUAAAGAUUAGUUCUUAUAGUUAAUCUGUUUAUAUUUUAAUCCCAAAUCCGGAUUUAGGAUCCGACCUUAUCCUUUCUUCGUUGAAUUGAGGACAUAUUGCAUUAUAAAUCAUUCGGCCUUAUCUGUUGCUUCCUGACCAGCUGACAAAAGUGAGAAUUUCUCAGUCACUUCAAGUGCCUCUCUUUAAUGCUUACGCCCUAUAGUAAUGUAUUUAAAACUAAAUCUGAAUAACUACCUCUUCAUCUCUAAUUUCAUCAGUGGUCUUCUAGUUGAUGUCAAUUAUAAUAAGAAAUAUUUUCUAAUUAACUGAAUUCUCAUACAUAAUUGGAUUAUAUCUGUGUACAAAUGACUUGUUUAUAAUCCUUCAUCGUUUUUUUUAUCGAAAUUAAACUUUAGAGAGAUAAUGAAGUACUGAACUGUUGUGCUUGGUAGAUAAAGAAUCAAAAGCAUUUAAAUCUUUAUGAUUUGAAGUACUAUGGGUUGAUAAAUGAUGUAUUAUGUAAAUAUAUCACAUAAUUCUGAUGACUUUCGUCUUCUCAUUGGAUUAUUUAGUUAAAAUGUGUGAUUACAGUCUUCCUCCACUUUAAGUUUUGGAUUUCAGUCAUAUUGGUUAGCAUUUAUGUACAUAACAACAACUACCAGAGUUGCAUACACAUUCAUUUUUACGGUUGGUCCACGUACAAAUUUAGCUGAUUAUGACUGGUCACUGAUGAUCCUCUGAAGUCUAAAAUCAGUAACUAUUUUUAGAUUAGGGGUUAAUCCUGAUUAACAUUCCCAGUCACAGUCUUUAUAAUGUGGCUGGCUUAAUUGAGCACUUUGUAGCUAAACUGUAAUUUUAUACUCAAAAACACCAGAGUAUAGUGAAUAUACAUACUACCAUUAGUCGAAUGAUGAUAAGAUUAAUUUAAGGAUUCUGCAUUCGAAGCAACACUUCCCGGUAAUAAGUGUUAUUCAGUAAUCGCUUUUUGUAGAUAUUCAUGUAAAUUUUCUUUUUUAUAGCUCGAGUCGAUGAUACUCCAACAUCGAGAUUCAGCCGCGUACUUACAUUAUUUUCUUGGUUAUUCGUAUUUGGAUUUAUUAGUGGUGGUGGAUAUAUGGGCUAUAAAUAUUAUAAGAAGCGUCAAAGGCAAAUGAAGCGAUUCUAUUAGUGAACAAAUUUAAACUGGUUAUCACUAAUUCUUUAAACAAAGCAAACUAUUUCCAUUAAACGGCCAAUGUAUAUUUGCGGGUAUUAGAAACUGGAGUCGUGACUACAUCCUUCGUUUUUCUGAAUGUUCAUCCACACAUUUUUUAGAGAUGAUUUUUGUACUUGUUUAUACUACUCCUGGUCAAUUAAAGUGUUAAAUGAGUUAAAUAUUUUUCCUAACCUUAUCAGUAUGACGUUAGUAUUUUUGUCCAUCAAUUCGAUACUGACAGUAGUAGAUCAUAAUUUGUUAAAUGAUACAACGAAUCGCAAUAUUAAUUUUUGUUCUGUCCUUCUGUCUCCUUAUUUUUUAUGCCAAGCAAACUACGCAGAAAUGUUUUCUGUUCUAAAACGUUUAGUUAUUCAUAUUUUACUUUGUCAAUAAUCGUCAAACACGUAAGAUUUCUAAUUUUUCUUCUGUGAUGGUAAAAAGCCUUACAUGAUUGUGAAAAAUAAAUAUUAUUAUUGCUUUGAUGAAUGUGGAUGUAUAAAAGUGUUAAAUUUUGUAUCAGUUUACUUUCAGUGUCAAGUAUUGUUCGAUGUGUCUUUUUUUCUUUCUAGUCACAAGUGAUUUUUGUUUCCUAGCAUUGUUGGCUACUACAUUUGUGGUGGUGUUUCCCCCGAAAAUCCCUCAGUGCAGACUACUUUUUUUGCUUCCAAACAUAUGAAGAAAAUGAUAGUGUCUGUGCGAUACCAAAUAUACCGGUAAAAAAUUUAAAGGUUUAUUGAUGCCUGCUGAGUAAUUACUGUUCUGAUGUAUAUUUAGAAUUAGUUGGUUUAUUCAGAAGUCAUCAUGAUACUGAUUGUUCCCAGCGUUUAAUGCAUUCUUAUUUAUGAA